GCCGCCCGGGGCCGCAGCAGGCUUCUCCCCAGCGCGGGCGGCUGCUCCCUGCCCCACCGUGACGGCUUAAGCGGCCGCUCUGCGGAGAAGCUUCCCCGGCUCCUGCCCCCCGGGGCCGGGCAGCGCCGCCAGGUAGCGCGGGGCGGGCGCCAUGGAGCACGGCGGGGGCCCCGCGGCGGAGCAGCUGCCUCUCCUCAGCGGCGAAGCGGAGCAGCCGCCCGGGGCCGAGCCGGCGGCGGCGGCGGCGGGGCCGGGAGGCGAAGGCGGCGUGCUCGCCCCGCGGCCGCGCUCCCUGCGGGCCGUGUACGUGCUGAACGACAGCCCGGGGGCCGGGGCCGGGGCCGGGGCCGGGGCGCUGCAGUGCCUGGUGCGAGCCUGCGCGGCCCAGGGAGCCCAGCUCACCACGGUCAACUUCGGGGAGCUGGACUUCGGGGAGACGGCGGUGCUGGACGCCUUCUACGGCGCAGAUGUUGCAGUUGUGGACAUGAGUGAUGUUUCCAGACAACCAUCACUCUUCUACCACCUUGGAGUGCGUGAAAGCUUUGACAUGGCCAGUAAUGUUAUACUCUACCAUGAUACUGAUGCUGACACUGCUCUGUCACUUAAGGACAUGGUAUCUCAGAAAAACACAGCUGCAGUUGCCAACCACAAAGCUUUUCUUCAGGUCCAAGUGCCUCCUGAGUACCACAGUGGUUAUGUGAUAGGCAAAGCUUCCAGUGGGAAUUACUAUUUUAUUCCAUAUAUUGUAACACCUGGUGCUGAUUAUUUUUGCUGUGAAAGUGAUGCAUUGCGGAGAGCCUCUGAGUACAUGCAGCCUAACUGGGACAACAUCCUGGGUCCUCUCUGUGUUCCACUGAUGGACAGGUUUAUCUGUCUUCUGAAGGACAUUCACAUUACAUCAUGCGCAUAUUGCAAGGAAACACUGUUGAAAGAUAUUAGAAAAGCUAGAGACAAGUAUCAAGGAGAUGAACUAGCAAAGGAGCUGGCCAGGAUUAAGCUCCGUCUGGAUAAUACCGAAGUCCUGACUUCUGACAUUGUUAUAAACCUGCUUCUUUCUUAUCGAGAUAUCCAGGACUAUGAUGCUAUGGUGAAGUUGGUGGAAACACUGGAAAUGCUGCCUACCUGUGAUCUGGCUGAUCAGCACAACAUUAAAUUUCAUUAUGCAUUUGCAUUGAAUCGAAGGAACAAUACAGGCGACAGAGGGAAGGCAUUACAAGUGAUGCUUCAAGUCCUGCAGACCUGUGAUCACCCUGCUCCAGAUAUGUUCUGCCUGUGCGGGAGAAUCUACAAGGACAUAUUCCUUGAUUCUGAUUGUAAAGAUACCAGUAGCCGAGACAUUGCCAUUGAAUGGUACCGCAAAGGAUUUGAGCUCCAGUCAAGUCUGUAUUCUGGAAUUAACCUUGCAGUUUUGCUGAUUGUGGCAGGGCAGCAGUUUGAAACAUCUAUGGAACUAAGAAAAAUAGGUGUGCGGCUGAACAGUUUGUUGGGAAGAAAAGGAAGCUUGGAAAAAAUGAAUAAUUAUUGGGAUGUGGGACAGUUUUUCAGUGUGAGCAUGCUGGCCAGUGACAUUGGUAAGGCAGUGCAAGCAGCGGAGAAACUGUUUAAACUGAAGCCUCCAGUUUGGUACUUGAAGUCAUUAGUGCAGAACCUGUUGUUAAUUCAGCGAUUCAAGAAACUCACCAUCGAGCAUUCUCCCAGACAAGAGAGACUGAACUUCUGGUUAGAUAUCAUUUUUGAGGCAACGAAAGAAACAACUAAUGGACUGAGAUUUCCAGUUUUAGUGAUAGAACCAACUAAGGUCUACCAGCCUGCAUAUGUGUCAAUCAACAAUGAAGCAGAAGAGAGAAAUGUCUCUCUGUGGCAUGUCUCGUCCACUGAAAUGAAACAGAUUCAUGAAUGGAAUUUUACAGCUUCCUCCAUUAGGGGAAUAAGCAUAUCCAAGUUUGACGAACGAUGUUGUUUUCUUUAUGUCCAUGACAAUUCUGAUGACUUUCAAAUCUACUUUUCCACAGAGGACCAGUGUAGUAGAUUCUGUGGCUUGGUUAAGGAGAUUUUGACUGAUGCUGUGGGCAGUGUGUUGGAAUUGGAAGGAGAGACUGAUGGGGACACACUGGAAUAUGAAUAUGACUGUGAUGAGAAUGGCGAUAGAGUGAUACUAGGGAAAGGUACUUAUGGAAUAGUUUAUGCUGGAAGAGAUCUUAGCAAUCAAGUCCGAAUAGCCAUCAAAGAAAUCCCUGAGAGAGACAGCAGAUAUUCUCAGCCACUGCAUGAAGAGAUAACACUGCAUAAAUAUCUAAAGCAUCGGAACAUUGUCCAGUACCUUGGUUCUGUCUCUGAAGAUGGAUACAUUAAGAUCUUUAUGGAGCAGGUGCCAGGAGGAAGCCUCUCUGCUCUUCUAAAAUCAAAAUGGGGCCCAAUGAAAGAACCCACAAUAAAAUUUUACACCAAGCAGAUUCUGGAAGGGCUUAAAUAUCUCCAUGAGAACCUGAUUGUACAUAGAGAUAUAAAGGGAGAUAAUGUUCUGGUGAACACAUAUAGUGGAGUGGUAAAAAUUUCUGAUUUUGGGACUUCCAAGAGGCUUGCAGGGAUCAAUCCAUGUACUGAGACAUUUACAGGCACUUUGCAGUAUAUGGCUCCAGAGAUUAUAGAUAAGGGGCCUCGAGGAUAUGGGGCAGCAGCUGAUAUCUGGUCACUGGGUUGUACUAUCAUUGAAAUGGCAACAGGAAAACCUCCAUUUCAUGAGCUGGGGGAGCCGCAAGCAGCAAUGUUUAAAGUUGGGAUGUUUAAAAUUCAUCCUGAAAUCCCAGAAUCACUAUCGGCUGAAGCAAGGGCCUUUAUUUUGCUGUGCUUUGAACCUGAUCCGAAUAAGCGUGUCACAGCAUCUGAUUUACUCAAAGACCCCUUCUUAAAGCAGGUGAACAAGGGCAAGAAAAACAGAAUUGCAUUCAAACCUUUAGAUUAUAAUCGUAGUGCGUCCCUCCCACUGCCAGUCCAUGGGGAACAGGCUGGCAGUAGCAGCAGUGAACAUGGCUCUGUCUCACCAGAUUCGGAUGUACAGCAUGAUAUGUUCUUUGACAAGACAAAGCGAUCUGUUUCGGAGAAUCCAGCGAAGCAUCCCAUUUCCCACUUAUUAAGUGUUCCUGAUGAGCAUUCUGCCUUAGAGGAUCGGAGUGCUUCUCCUUCCCUUGAGGACAGAGAUUCUGGUCUCUUUCUGCUAAGGAAGGACAGUGAACGCCGGGCAAUUCUCUAUAAAAUUCUUAAAGAGGAACAAAAUAAAGUUGCUUCAAACUUACAGGAGUGUCUCGCACAGAAUUCUGAAGAACUGCAACUUUCAGUCACCCACAUCAAGCAGAUAAUUGGGAUUUUAAGGGACUUCAUACAUUCUCCCGAGCACAGAGUGAUGGCGUCCACUAUAUCCAAGCUGAAAAUGGAUUUGGACUUUGACAGCACUUCCAUCAAUCAGAUUCACCUGGUGCUGUUUGGAUUUCAGGAUGCAGUGAACAAAGUAUUAAGGAAUCAUUUAAUUAGACCUCAUUGGAUGUUUGCAAUGGAUAACAUAAUUCGCCGUGCAGUCCAAGCAGCAGUCACUAUUCUGAUUCCAGAACUUCAAGCUCACUUUGAGCCAGCUUCAGAGACUGAAGGAGUGGAAGAAGAUGCCGAUGAAGUGGAAGAUGAUUGCCACCCAGUGGAACAAAAUGGAAAUGAAGAGCCAGGUGUCACAUCUGGAGUGAGCACACUCAGUUCUGUGGUGUCACAUGAAUCACAGCAGCAACAUCUUAAUCUGCAGCUAGCCAAACUUAAACAAGAGACAAACAGGCUUUUGGAAGUCUUGGUUCAGAAGGAGAGAGAGUAUCAAACCCUCUUACGGCAAACUCUAGAGCAGAAAACCCAAGAGUUGCACCUGCUUCGGUUACAGUCCAAGCCUACAGAAUUUCAAAGGCCCCCAGGAGCUCCUGUACAGAAUGUAGACCAGAAGCUCCUAGACUGGUUAAGACAACAAGGAGCUGACUCAGAUGCAAUUGAGAGGUUUGCUGAAGAGGAUUACGCACUAAAUGAUGUCCUUAAUGAUAUCACUAAGGAUGACUUGAGAUACCUUAGACUACGUGGUGGUCUUCUCUGCAGAAUUUGGAAUGCAAUAUUAAACCACAGAAAAAUGGCUAAUAAGCCCUCAGAAACCAACAGUUAAUUCUUUCUUACAUAUGAGCAGGCAGCAAACACAUUCUAAGUAAUCCUUAAAUUAUUAGAUUGUUGUACAUUGGUCCUCCAGUUUUGCACAUCUGAAUGGCCUGUUUAAUUUAACUUCAAAAUGUAAUGCACAGUGGACAUUAAAGCGGGUGUUUGUGAUUUUUGCCCAUUAGAUCCUGGAUGUUGAAAUGUCUGUAAAACCACUCUCUAAUCUUACAAAUUAUUUGUAAAAAUUAAGUGCAUUAUUUAUGUAAUGCAUCUGUCAGCGUAAAUACAACUGCAGCUGAAGAAAACAGCUUGCUGUUUUUAAGUAAAGUACAUGCUAUAUACCUAGACCAGUCUAUUUGUUGAACAGUCUUGUAUUUAAAAUGCAUUCUAAUUUUAGAUAGAUCAGAUUUUUUAGAAUGUGUUGUACGGUUCUGCUAUCAUGUGCACUGAUUAAUAAGUAUUAACCAAAUGUAUAUAAAAGAUAGGGAAAUGUAUGUGGUUAUUAGUGCACCUAGAACUUCUGGAUAAUUAAAUAUUGAAAUGUUUGCUUUCUGUGGCUAGAGUUUCAUUUCCUUAAGCAGCAAAACUAAUUCAACAAAAUCAUAAACACUAAUUUGUAUAGUGUU